UAGUAACUGGCUUACUUUGUGUCAGAUUGUCUUAAUCGAAUUUUGUCGUUACGAUUAUUUCAAAGAAUCGAUUGAGAUGGCGAGCGAAAACCCUCAAGUCGUUGUAGCUCCCACGGUGGAGAAUGGCAACGCCGAAUCAUCCUCUAGAGGAAAAGAGGAGGAACCUUUGGAGUCUGAGAUUUCGAAGAAGCUUCAAGUGACAACAGAAGGUGGAAAAGAGGAGAACGAAGAAGAAGAAGAAGAAGAAGACGGAGAAGGAAGCAAAGCUGAGACUUCAACCAAGAAGAAGAAAAAGAAGAAGAAUAAAAACAAGAAGAAGACCCAACAGACUGAUCCACCUUCAGUCCCUGUCGUUAAGCUUUUCCCAUCUGGAGACUUUCCUGAAGGUGAAAUCCAGCACUACAAAGAUGACAACUUGUGGAGAACAACAUCUGAAGAGAAGAGAGAGUUGGAGCGUUUGCAAAAGCCAAUAUACAACUCUGUACGCCAAGCUGCUGAAGUUCAUCGCCAGGUUAGGAAAUAUGUGAGAAGCAUAGUGAAGCCUGGAAUGUUGAUGACUGAUAUAUGUGAGACACUGGAGGAUACUGUUCGUAAGCUGAUAUCAGAGAACGGUCUUAAAGCUGGUAUUGCUUUCCCUACAGGAUGUUCUUUGAAUUGGGUUGCUGCUCAUUGGACACCAAACUCUGGAGAUAAGACUGUACUUCAGUACGACGAUGUUAUGAAACUAGACUUUGGAACACACAUUGAUGGACAUAUUAUUGACUGUGCAUUUACAGUUGCUUUCAAUCCUAUGUAUGAUCCUCUCUUAGCAGCCUCCCGUGAAGCUACUUAUACCGGUAUCAAGGAAGCUGGAAUUGAUGUUCGUCUAUGCGACAUUGGUGCUGCAAUUCAGGAGGUCAUGGAGUCCUAUGAGGUUGAAAUCAACGGAAAGGUCUUUCCAGUUAAAAGUAUCCGAAACUUGAAUGGUCAUAGCAUUGGACCUUAUCAGAUACAUGCUGGAAAGUCAGUUCCUAUAGUUAAAGGAGGCGAGCAGACAAAGAUGGAAGAGGGUGAAUUUUAUGCCAUCGAAACAUUUGGAUCAACUGGGAAAGGAUAUGUGAGAGAAGACUUGGAAUGUAGCCACUACAUGAAGAACUUUGACGUUGGCCAUGUCCCCUUGAGGUUACCUAGAGCAAAACAACUCCUUGCAACUAUCAACAACAAUUUCUCGACUCUAGCCUUCUGCAGACGUUAUUUGGACCGCAUUGGUGAAACCAAAUAUCUAAUGGCUCUAAAGAAUCUGUGUGACGCUGGCAUUGUUGAGCCGUAUCCUCCUCUGUGUGAUGUGAAGGGGAGCUAUGUAUCACAGUUUGAGCACACCAUUUUACUGCGACCUACUUGCAAAGAAGUUCUUUCCAAGGGAGACGACUAUUGAUUCAGAUUAUGCUCUGUUCUCAUAUACUGUUCUUGAGAUUGUACUCUGCUUUCGUUUCAUCUUAUCGUUAACGCAGCUUUGAAUCAUCUCUAUAAAGCUUCAAUACAGUGCUAAAAGUCUAUGUGAUUGCUUUAAACA